CACUAUGAGAUAGCCAAAAACGUGAAACAUUUGUUUUAUAAUGAUGGAGAUUCCUUUCAUGAUCGUAUAAAUUUAUGAUUUAAAAAUGCCUGCUCAAGUUAAAAAUAAUAUUUUACUUUUUGAAGGCUGUAAUUAUUUUAGUCAUAGAUUAAUAUUGUCUACCUUGUCGGGAAAACCUAUUAAAAUAUCAAAUAUAAGAUCCACAAGCGACGACCCGGGACUCAGAGAAUUUGAAAUUAGUUUUGUAAGGUUGCUAGAUAAAAUUACAAAUGGUUCAAGAAUCGAGAUCAAUGAAACAGGCACAAGUUUAUAUUACAGUCCUGGAUUAUUAGUUGGAGGAGAAGUAGAUCAUGAUUGCAAUGUACAAAGAGGUAUUGGCUUUUAUCUUGAACCUAUCAUGAUGCUGGCACCUUUUUGUAAAAAUCCUCUCUCUUUAAUUUUAAAAGGAGUCACCAAUAACACUUUAGAUCCAAGUGUUGACCGAAUUAAAACAUCUGGUGUACCAAUAUUAAGGAAAUUUUUGAUUGGCGAUUCUGAGAUUACAUUCAAUAUUAACAAAAGAGGAGUGAAACCUUUAGGGGGUGGAGAAAUUUAUUUCAAAUGUCCUGCCAGUAAAUUUCUUAAAUCUAUUCAAUGUCAUGACAGUGGUAAGGUAAAGAGGAUAAGAGGAACUGCAUGCAGUUUGCGUGUUUCUCCAGCUAUUUCGAAUCGCCUUGUAGAAUCAGCUAAAGGAGUGCUAUUAAAUUUUAUACCUGACAUUUAUAUUCACACUGAUGCUAGAAAAGGAGUUUCUACCGGCAAAUCUCCUGGAUUUGGUAUUAGUCUUACUGCAGAAACUACUACUGGAGUAUUUUUCACUGGAGAAGCCUAUAAUCCUACAAUGACAACUGGAUCUUUGCCUUGUGUUCCAGAAGAUUUAGGUAAGGCUGCUGCUAUGAAACUCUUAGAUGAAAUCCACAGAAAUGGGUGUGUGGACUCCCCGUUUCAAAGUUUAACUGCAUUGUUUAUGGCUCUUGGUAAAAGAGAUAUAUCAAAAAUGGUUGUAGGACCUCUUACUCCAGCGAUGAUACAAUUUUUGAGAGAUUUAAAAGACUUUUUUGGAAUUACAUUCAAAUUAAAAACUGUCAAAGAUACACAUGACAGUAAGGGUUACAUGAACAAGGUAUCAAUAACAUGCCUAGGCACUGGUUAUUCCAAUUUGAGCAAACGAGUGUUAUAGAUUUUUAUUGUGAAAA